GGGGUGUUCCAGUGGAUGGGAAAGCAGGAGUGUCACUUCAUCAACGGCACCGAGCGGGUGAGGUUCGUGGAGAGGCACUUCUACAACCGGGAGCAGCUGCUGCAUUUUGACAGCCAUGUGGGGGUCUAUGUGGCGGACACCCCGUUUGGGGAGAUCCAGGCCAGACACUACAACAGCCACCGUGAAUAUCUGAAGUACAAACGGGGUCAGGUGGACACCUACUGCCGGUACAACUACAAACUUGGUGCCCCGUUCAGCGUGGAGAGGAGAG